UGCCCUCCCACUUUGCGAUGUGAUACUGCCUUACUCAUGGCAGCUGUGUGUCAGGUUUAAAAGUUUAUUGACGAGGAAUCUAUAAUUACUUGUCGAAUCUAUAAUUAAGGAAAAAAAAGUACACACAAAAAUGUUUGUGAAUCUUUAAGAAUCAAAUCAAAGAGAAUUUGAGGUUUGGCAACGCAACGCUACUUUAGUGUGGGUCUUGUUUAUUCAUGUUUUUUUUUACAUUUUUAUGACUUCCCCUGCGGAGCAUAAAACAAAAGGGUUCUUUAUGUCGGGUUAAUCCAACAAAACUAAGUCAACAUACCUCACUCAGUAUAUAUGUACAUAUGUAUAUUUUAUAAAAUGUAUCUUACACAUCCACUUUACAUUCAUUUCAUAUAAGACUAUGUAGCAUACUUUAAGGCCAAAGGCUUAGUUAGUUUCUCAACCCAUCAGAUACUUUUCAUGUCGCCUGAUGCCCCAGUUUUUUGGGGUAGUUCGGUCAUUGUCAUUCCCUUUUAUCAGUUAAUAGACCGCAAUUGCGGCUUCCAUGCUCAAAAACAAGAAAAGCUUUUCGCAUUAUUUAAAAGAAGAGCAUUUUAAUGCUUAUUAAUCGGUUGGCACUCGAACAAUGGAUAGCGGCGAGGUGAAAAUAUCUUUGGAGGAUUCGCCCAGCUCCGGGGAAAGUUUCGCCAGUACAACCAGUGGUCCAUGUUGCGGUUCUGGCAGGGAUUUGGGUCAGGUGGAUGAGGGGGAUAAAGAGGAGGAGCAGUUCCCAUUGAGAGUCACCAAUGAAUUGCAAAAGUCCAAGAAAACAAACAAUAAAUGUUCCAGCGAUCUAUCUACAGGAAUUAGCUAUGCUGCCAACAAAAAUGUAGCUGAAGGCCUAAUGGAUAUAGCUUUGCUUUCGGCAAAUGCGAAUCAGUUGCGAUUCUUAAUUACUUAUAACGACAAAGCUUCCACGUACAUAUACAGCAUGAUUAUGGUGAUACUUUCCCUGGUGCUGCAGCUCUUUGUUGGAUUAAUGCUGAUCUUCAAACGACGUCUCAAGCGAUUUAAGAACCGAAGUUAUGAAAGGACCAACGAUCUGCUGGUAAUGGGAGUUUUCAUGAUCACAGUAAUCAACAUUCUGCUGGCCGCAUUUACCACGACGGAUGGAGGAGGCAGUCAAUAG